CUACGCGCAUCCCCGCUCGCAGCGGCAGCUUAGGGACAAUUCAGGAACACUUCGAGAAACCGAGCAGAGAAGCUAUUCUCAGCCUUUACUUUAUCUGUCCUCGUGUCGGUGCUUAGCGCUCAUUAGUUUCCUAUUUCUAUGCGUCCGUAAUAUGGGUGCCGCGGGCUUGGAAAGUAUUAAAGCUGGCGUUGCGUCCCGGUCUACGGUGCGGGUCUAUAGUUUCUUUGCGUGGAGGAUCAAUUGAGCAGAAAUCAGUCGAAAUGGUCUCUUCGCGGUUGUUCUCGCUGCUCGCUGGGCUGUUGCUACAGUCGGUAGCUGCCCAUGGAGAGCUAGUGGACAGCGCAACCAUUGCCAAACGUGCAAUCCGACCUAAUCCUCCCAAUGGCCACUGGAUCGAUACUUGGACGUCGAUGCCGCAGCUCACAGAGCCUGCAAACCUACCGCCAGCCCCUUUCAACCAAACCGGCGCCGUCUUCGUCAACUCCACCAUCCGACAGACCCUCCACAUGUCUGUCGGAGCGUCUCAAAUCCGAAUCAAGAUCUCGAAUGCCUUCGGUGUGACAAAUUUACCAGUCACCGCGGUCACCAUAGCGCUUCCCGCAAAUGAUACCGCCGGCAUCCACCAGAUCCAAUCCUCUACUCUGCAAAAAGUCACAUUCUCCGGUAAAGACUCCAUUUCGAUUCCCAAUGGCGCGCUCGCGGUCUCCGAUCCGCUGAACUUUAAGAUCAAGCCGCAGAGCAUGCUUACCGUGACGAUGUACCUUCAGACCGGGCAAACCACCAACAGCAUCACCUCGCACCCUGGUAGCCGCACAACCAGUUGGUGGCAGUUCGGCAAUGCGGUCUCUGCGCCUGCAUUGACCGUCACGGACGCGACUACUCAAAACGCAGCACACUGGUACUUCCUCUCUGCCGUCGAGGCAUGGGUCCCACCCCACUACGGCACCCUGAAUAUUAUCGGAGACAGCAUUACGGAUGGGCGCGGCUCAGACACCAACAAGAACAACCGCUGGCCAGACCUCCUCCUAGCCCGCCUCCAAAAGAACCCCUCGACACGCGAGAUCGCAGUGGCCAACCAAGCUGCAGGUGGCAACCGCAUCCUGCUUGACGGCCUGGGGCCCAACGCCCUGGGCAGAGUGGAAAGAGACCUCCUACCCCACCCCGGUGUCAAAUACGCCAUGAUCUUCGAAGGCGUAAACGACAUUGGCACAGCAGAUGCCACCGCAGCCGCCCAAACCGCCGUCUACGACUCCCUCGUGCAAGCCUACCAGCAAAUAGUAUCCCGCAUCCACGCAUUCGGCAUCCCUGUCUUCGCCGCGACUAUCACGCCUUUCUCCGCCCCGUCAAACUUCACAGGCCAGCCGUAUUCGAGCCCGGUGCGGCAGCAGACGCGGCAGAAGAUUAACACAUUCAUCAGGGAGUCCGGCACGUUCGAUGCGGUGGUGGACUUUGAUAAGAUGUUGGCUGAUCCGAAGGUCCCCGCUCAGCUGAGGGAAGAGUACAACUCCGGAGACUAUCUGCAUCCUAAUGUCGCUGGGUACCAGAGGCUGGCGGACUUGUUCCCGGUUGGGAUAUUUGAUGCGUGGGAGGGAGGGGCGGAUGAGUUUGUGUGAAGAGGCUGGAUGGUGAUAGAAGAAUGUGAAUGGAGUUGGCAGUUGGUAUCGCUGCUUCUCGUGACUAAUGGAUGACCUGAUGCUGCCCGGCCGCGGACGCCACAAUGCAUAUGACUGUGAGGGUUUAUGCUGUAAGCAAGCAACGAUCUCUCGGCUCGGCCCCGAAAGCUAAGCAUCAAAACUGGCCCACGCGUUCAUCGAAAUCCAAAUCUAGUACCUUCUGCAAGUGCUGAUUAUACCUGCAUCCAUGGAUAUGAUCUCGCAAUGCCAGAGGCUAGGCUGCAAGAGGCUAGCGUGAGUG